UUAAACUACAUCAGAGAACCGCUUGCUCGCCCGCACAUGCAAGGGCGAGACAGCGUGCUUAAAGGCAAGAGUGCAAGUCUAGGCGGAUCCACCACGCAGUCACCGCUUCGAGCAGGCACUCGCAGCGUUCAUCCGCAGCCGUUUCUUCCUCCCGGCUCCUCGGAAUCUUCGGUGCACUCUCGCACUGUCGCACCGUCACACGAUAUCAGAUUAACGGAGUCAGGCAAAAAGAGCAGCUCUUCAUCUGGACGCAGUCGUAUUCUGAAGGCGGGCGUGAAUCCCCCUGGCGCGUGGAAAUCAUCGGCUGCGCUUGCCAUGGCCGCGAACGAAAGCCCACCACCGCUUUCCAGCCGGUCUGGACACUCAGUGGUCCGCAGCCUGGUUGGGGAGCUGACGCAGGCGCAAACCCCCGCUCCCCAACUCGCCGCGGCCAGGCAGGCGGGCAGCGGCACGGCUCGCUCCCCUGGCACGCCAGCAACAGUCAGCUGGUGGCCGGAGGUGCCUACGCUCAACGUGACGUAUACCCCCGAGCGCCGAAAUGCCGGUCCAUUUGGGUACGGCAGCCCGCCGGCAGCAAAGAAGAGUCCGGGCCGCGGUGGCGCGGGUGCAGACGCGGUCGCGGCUUGCCGGAGUGGCGGGGAAGGUAGUGAUGCCGGUGCUGGUGCCGGUGCUGGUACUGGUGCUGGUGCUGCUGCUGGUGCUGCUGCUGGUGCUGUAGCACCAUCACCCUCGGACCUGGUGGCGCGAAUGGAGGCCCUGCGGGCGCAGCUUAUGCGUGUGGCCAGCACGCUAACUGGCGUCCAGGUGCGGGCAGCGGCGCUGUCCUCCUCCCUGGACCGCAGCAGGCAGGCGCUGCUAGAGGAGGGCGGCCGGCGGGAGGAGGAGGCGCCGGGCGGCACCUUGGCGGCUGGAGGAGCCGUGGGAGCGACUGCGGUGUCGAUGGGUGGGACUGCGGCCGGCCCCUCGAGCUCCCCUGCGGUGGCGGCAGCCGCUGCAGCCGCUGCAACAAGCAACGGCGGCAGGAGUGCGCUGCCCCUGCGGUUGGUGGCGGGCCUACCUGAUGAUGCCAAUGGUGCCGGCGGCGCUGCGCACCCCUUCGAGCUGGGCAGCCCCUCUGGCGGCACCCAGUUUGUGGCCCUGCCGCCUCAGAAUCAGCCGGAGCAGGAGCAAGCACACAGCGAUCGGGAGCAGGUAGCGAGUGCCGAGGAGGUGCGGCUCGGCGACGACGACGCAGCUUCCGCAACAGUGGAUGAUGCCGGUGUUGGGUCUGAGGUGGCGCAGCCUCCCCCGAGCGGUAGUACGGCUGCCGCGGAGGCGGUGGCUGUGCAGCUGCGGCCCCUGGCGCUGGCCUCGGGCGUGGCGCCGAGCACCUUCGCCAGCCCCUUCCUGCAGCAGCUGGGCUCCCGGGUGCUGCAGGAGCUGAAGCAGGGGCAGGGCAAAGCGCAAGCCCACCCGGCGGCGGCGGCUGCAGCGGGCGCACCAAUAGCCGCGGCGGGUUUUGAAGCGCUGGUAACCUCGGGUUCCGCACAGGCGGGCCACAGGCCGCCGCAGCGGUCUGCCAACAGCUUUGGAGGCGGGCAUGGCGUUGGAGGCCUGCUGGGUAGCGGGCUGUUGUCGUCUGUGUCGGUGGCGUCGUCGCUGGAUGCGGCGCAGGUGCACCCCUGGCCGAUGGCGUUCUCAGCCGGCACCGGCACCGCUGGCCUCAGCGCGGGCGUUAGCAUGGAUGGGGUUGGGGCGGCCUCGGGUUUUGCAGGCGGCAUGUCGCACAGCAGCAGGGCUGCUGCGCUGGUGGCGGAGGCGGCUGACGUGCCGUCGCCCGCCUCGAGCAUCGAUGCAGCGCGGGUUUACCCCUUCAGCGGUGGGGACGCGGCGCAGGCCAUGUCGUCGCCGGGACACUUCCUCACUCGCCUCUUCGCCGGCAGCGGCGGCAGCUUCGGCCACGGCGGCAGCUUCGGCCGCGGCUCGCUCGAGGCAGCCUCCGUCGCCUCCUCCAUUGACGCGGCACGCGUGCAUCCCUAUCCCUGGCCGGGCGGGUCUGGCCCGGUGGGCGCUGCGGCCGGCUGGGCAGAGGCCUCCGGCGCAGCAGCCGCCAGCUCCGCCGCCACCACGCCGCAGCGGCCCGGUGGCGGCUCCGGGUACGUGUCCGCGGGCUUCCUGGCCAGCCUGUCGCCACUGGAGCGAUCCCGCCUGGGCCGGGAGCUGUCCAUGGGCGGCAGCGGCACGCUCGGCGGCGGCGGCAGCGGCGUUGAAGGCGUGGGUGACGGCGGCUCGCCGGCUCUGUCCGUGGCCUCGUCCAUGGACGCGGCCCGCGUGCACCCCUACACCUACACCUCGCCGUACGCUCCCGUGAGUCUGCACGGCACCUGGAUGCCAGGCCGGCUCGCGGGCGUGUCGGGGGCCGCGGGCGGCGGCGGUGAGGCACAGCUGUCAGAGCUGGAGGCGGCGGCGGCGGAGGUGGACGGUGUGGUGAUGGGUCUGGCGGCCGCGGACGGGUCGUUGGAGCUCAUGUCGGCGGCGGCAGCGGCGGCGACAGCGGCAUCCGCAGCUCUGGCUGGCGUCGGCGGCUCCGGCGCCCUGACCUCCUCGCUCCGCCGCAGUGGCGGUGGCAGCGGUGCGGUGGGUGGUAGCGGCGGCAGCGGGCCGCUGCUGGCCAGCCCACAGGUGCUGGUGGAGGCGGGUGUUGAGGGGAGCGGCAGCGGCGCAGUUGUUCGGCCACUGCUGCCUCUGGAGGAAGAUGGUGAGGAUGAGGAAGGGGAGGGGGCUGGGCAGCAAGAGGAGGCCCAACCUACGGCUCAGCAGUUGGAGGACUCGCGCACUGCUGCGGAGCUUAACCAGGCUGUGGAUGGCGCCGGCGAGCGGCCACAAGGCGGGCUGGAUGUGGAGGUAGAGCCGGAGGCGGAGGGUUCCGGUGGCUCGCCUCUGGGGCGCGGCAAUCCUGCCUUGCAGUUCUGCCGUGACAUCAGCUUCGCGGUGCGCCUGUCGGGCUCGCCGGAGCGGGAGCAGGAGCCGGGCCAGGGGCGGGACCAGCAGGCGGGCGGCAGCGGCGGCGGCUUCGGCUUUGGCGUGGGCAGCACAGUGGAGGAGGGGGACGACGAGCAGCCCACCUUCAGCCGGCGGCAUCGCUAUGCCGAUGGUCAGGAGGGCGCUGGAGCCGGCAGUGAUUACGGGGAGGAGCACGACCGCCCUCGCAUUGGGGACGAGGAGGAGGAAGAGGCGGACCGCAACGAGCAUGAAAGCCAUGAGGAUGACGAGUAUGCAGAUGAGGUGUUUCACGAAUAUGGUGGCUCGGAUUACGGCGCCGCCAGUGACGGACCCGGCGCCGCCGCCACCAGCGCACGCCGGCUGAGCGGUAACGCACGCCGCGCCAGCGGCGCUAGCGGCGUCAGCGGGACCAGCGGCCUCCACGGGGCCGGCCUGGAUUUGGACAGCCCGGGUCUGUCACAUGGGCUGUACAAGUACACGGCGGCGAGCGGGUCGCGGGGCGGCGGCGGUGGCGGCGGCUCCCGCGGCGGCGCCGGCAGUGAGCUGUUGGACUAUGAUGACGACGACGAGGCGCUGGUGACGCCGCUGGGGCUGGGGCUGGGCGGCCUGGCCGGCUGGCGGGCAAGCGUGGAUGAGGUGGAGAGAGAGGGCUCAGUGGCGGCGGAGUCAGCUGGUGGUGGGCUGUGGAGUGGGGACGCCCGCGGCGGCGGCGCCGCCACCGCCGCCGGGCUGCCACGGCGCAGCGGCGGCGGUGGGUACGACGGCUUCUCGGAGGAGGAGGAGGGCGAGGGCUCUGGGCUGCUGCUAGGCCGCGAGUCCAUAGACCGGCCACUGCUGGUCAAGUCCGCUAGCAUGGGCUCAGAGCGGGGUGGUAGCGGAGCUGGCGCCGAUCAGCGCCGCACCCUCAGCGCCGGCAGUGCCGGCGCCAGCAGUGGGGGCCGACGCGACGCAGCCGACCGCGAGGCCGCUGCGGCGGCGGCAGCUGCCGCGGCCGCGGCCCUUGCAGCGUCGGAGGCGUUCUCGUUCCCCUCCGCAGAGGUGGCGGAGCGGCUGGCGUUGGCGCGCGCCCCCAGUGGUGGCUGCGGCAGCGCGCGCAGCAGCUACAGCGGCUGCGGCAGCCCGCGCGUCAGCCUCACCGGCGCCGUCAUGAUUCCUCCCUGUGGCGGUGGCGGCGGCAGCGCUGGCACGAGCCCGCGCGUGAGCUUCUCCGGCAUUGGAGGCGGCGGUGGCGGGGCCGCCGCCGCCAUGGGCCUCGGCAGCCCGGGUCUUGCCAGCAGCCCGGCCGGCAGCGGCAGCCACCACAGCUACUCGUCGCCUAUAGGGGGCGGCACGGGCAGCUGGCGGUCGGCGCAGCAGCGGCCCAGUCGCAUCACGGUGCCCACCUCGCCGCGCAGCAGCCUGGGUGGCAGCUGGCCGUCGGGCGCGUCGCCGCUGCCGUCGCCCUACCACUACAGCGGCGCCGGCGCCGGCGGGGCUUCCGGUAGCUAUGCUGGCGGGUACAGUGGCGGCUACGGAGGUUACGGCGCCUACAGCUACGGCGGCGUGCGCACGCCUGGCUCCACCGGCGGCGGCGCCGACACCUUCUCGUUGCGCAAGGUGCUGGACGCCACCGUGUCCAGCUGCCUGUUCGGCUCGGAGGACGAGGAGGAGCAGGAGGGGGAGCAGCAGGAGGUGACGGGGCCGCUGCGGCCGCUGCAGGAGGCGGAGGACGAGGGCCGGGACGUCGGCGAACACGCGGCCGCAAACGGGCUGCAUGGGUACCCAGCCUACGGCUCUGCAGCCGCCGCUGCUACUGCCGCUGGCGAUGCGGAGGCGCCGUACGAGGGCGUGGAGGGCAUGGUGGAGGUGGGGCUGCGCAGCGCCGCGCAGGAGGAGGCGGAGCUGGACGCGGCGGUGCGGGCGGCGGUGGCGGCGCGGGCGGCGGCGGUGGACGCGGCGGAGGCGGAGGAGGUGCCGGAGGACCCGGACAUUGUGGUGGAGGGCGUGGAGCUGCCCAAUGGCGGCCGGGCGGAGCUGUCGCCCAGCGCCGGGCGGGCGGGUGCGAAUGGCGGGGGACCAGGCGGCGUGGGGCGGCAGUGGUCCGGGCCGCCGCCGCUGGUGGCCGUGGAGACGGCGGUGUUCAUCACACAGAUCCUGGCCGCAGGGGGCGGAGACGACAGCGACGAGGAGGAACUAAGUGGUGCACGCGCCUAAGGAAAGCUGAAAGGUGCCGUACCCAGCCUACAGUGCAUACGGUACGCCAGAAGCAGUUAGGGAAGCACAACGGGCCAGGCUGGUUGUGAGUGGUGGGCGAUCGUGUUUGAAGUAUUGGAGCAGGAGAGUUAGCAGCAUAAAGCAGGAGCAGGGAUGUGCGGUGAGCAGGCUAUGUUUGCACUUGGUGGGGUGUGGGGCGACCGCACAGAAAGACGAGACAGUCUAGGGCGAUGCGGAUGAGCGAGAUGGUGGUGACUGACUCCGUUAGGCGGGCGCCGGUCAAGUGCAAACCCUAGGCAGGGGGAUUCCAGAGGACCCCUUGGUGCGCAGGGGAACGGUCACGGAUACGGCUGGCAGGUAGGCAUCGCUCCUGUACUGAUGGAGGUCGUUUGGUUUGAGGAGGAAGCCUGGGGUAGUACCGCCUGAAACUGACCCCAUGAUUUCAAUGGGAUAGGCGUUGGCGAGAGAGUUCAGAAUCGGCUUUCA